AGCGGCGACCGUCGUUCAAGAUGCCGGAACAAAGCAAUGAUUACCGCGUGGUGGUCUUCGGUGCCGGUGGCGUGGGGAAGAGCUCCCUGGUCCUGCGCUUCGUCAAAGGCACUUUCCGCGACACGUACAUACCGACCAUCGAGGACACCUACAGGCAGGUCAUCAGCUGCGACAAGAGCGUCUGCACCUUGCAGAUCACCGACACCACGGGGAGCCACCAGUUCCCGGCCAUGCAGCGCCUCUCCAUCUCCAAGGGCCACGCCUUCAUCUUGGUCUUCUCCAUCACCAGCAAGCAGUCCCUGGAGGAGCUGAAGCCCAUCUACCAGCAGAUCGUGCAGAUCAAAGGCAGCGUGGAGAGCAUCCCCAUCAUGCUGGUGGGCAACAAGUGCGACGAGACGCAGCGCGAGGUCGAGACGAAAGAGGGCGAGGCCGUGGCCAAGGAGUGGAAGUGCGCCUUCAUGGAGACGUCGGCCAAGAUGAACUACAACGUCAAAGAGCUCUUCCAAGAGCUGCUCAAUCUGGAGAAGAGGAGGAACAUGAGCCUCAACAUCGACGGCAAGAGGUCCAACAAGCAGAAGAGGACAGACAAAAUCAAGGGGAAGUGCAGUCUCAUGUGAAACCGUCCCUCUUCUCCGUUCUCCUCCUCCUCCUCUCCAUUGUCGGUGUCCACACUCCAAACUCUCGUUCACAUUCCCACUCCUCACCUCUCUCUCUCUCACUCCCUCUUUGCAUCUUAGCGCUGUGACGGCAUUAGGGAUGCUGAAACACCUCGAGCUCACUUGCCGAUUCUUUCUCCUCUUGGCUCCCUCCAUCCAAUAUGGAGCAACGCAAUAUUGCAUGGGAGAGGCACUCCUUCUUGCAGCUGGAGAUGAAACUAUCUCUCUUCCCCCCCCUCCCCUCCCCGCCCCUCCUUUGCUUAUUACUCCUGAACUGUCCCGAGUGGAGGAGGAUAAACUUUGGAGCCUGGCCAUACUGGGGCACGGUGGGAGGAAGUCUCCCUUCUCCCGCCUGAGGCGAUGCUGUUCUUGGAAGGUGGUCUGCGGUUGGAGCAGAGGAGGAUUCCCCUGUUUGGAAACGACCUCUGCACGGUGGUGGGGGUCCCGUGUGGCAGGAACAGAUCGACAUUGCACAGCGGGGAGCACGGAUUGGUGCACAGAGACACUCUUGCUGCAUUGCAUGGGGUGGGGGGGGGAAGGGACUCUUCCCAAACUCCAAAUAAUGCAAGGGGGCUCUUUCGGCCCCCUUCUCCCCUGAUCUUUUGCCUGUGAGCUGCACAAAACCAGAAAGGCACAAUUCCCAGACGAGUUGGCUUUUUUCCUCCCGCCCACCCCCCACUUCACUCCCCCCCUUUAUUUUAUUUUUUUUAAUCCAGAAGGAUGAUUGACAGACAACACUUGGAGGUCCCUUUGGUCAUCGCAGCCCCGCUGGGUAAGAUGACGCUGUCUCAGGGUGCCUGCAGAAGCUGGAAGGGACAUGAGUGGACAUAUCAAAGGUCUGAGCGUGGAGCUCUUGCCAUCUUCGAACUUCAAGACGGAUCCGAGGAGGACUUCCAAGCGGCACGGGUGGCUCUGACGCCCGACGAGGGGGACGGCGCAGGGCUGAAGCGUUUCGGCGGCACAGACUCUGCCGAGAGAGAACUCUUGUGUUCACCUCUGAAAAAUGAGUGAUUCCCCCGCCUGUUGCACAGCAAGACGCAGCGGACGGGAGCAGAGCCCGUCUAAAGGGACAGAAGGAAGGCGCCUGUCCAGAGCAGGUCUUCAGAUGUUACCUUCCUCCGUCCCCCUUCCCCGCCCUCUUGCCAA